AUGACUUCUGACUUAAGUGAUCCUACCAACAGGAGGGCCUCCUGUGAUCAGUGCAGACAAAAGAAGUUGAAGUGUGAUGGUGAAUAUCCAGAAUGUGGAAGAUGCUCUGGUAUGGGUGAGCCGUGCAAGUACUCUGCCCGGUUACCCAUGGGCAGGCCCAAGAAGCGAAAGAUGCAGCACGAGAACGAAGCUCAAGAUAACAGCGCCGCCACCUUUUCAAGCGGUGUGUCAACAGCGACACUUGAAAAGAGCGUCUCGAGCGAGACGAUAAGCGAUCUAGAGCCGAUUGCUUUUGAUCCAUGCCUACAGCCUCCCAGUGACUUGACGGCCGAUGUGGUAUCUUGGGGAUGCGAGACCAACGUCGACCCAAAACUGUUGGCGGUUGAGACAGACCCUGGACAACAGACCUGCGCUUGUCUAGCCAACCUGUAUUUAUCCUUGGAAGAGGUUCGAAAAGCAGACAAUUUACCCUUUGCAGCUCGACUUUCACUUCUGCGGGAUCUCACAGCCAACGCAUCGAGUAUCAUACAAUGCCAAGUGUGUCCGACCAAGUUUCUCUGGGCGAUGCAGAAUGCGCAACUCCUCAACACUUUGAUAAUUUCAAUCGCAGAGGGAUACAAAAAGAUUGUGAAAUCGGUCGAGGAUGAGGCGCAACGUGCUCAAGAGGGGAACGAGUCCAAGCUUUUGUUCAUCGGCGACGGUGAAAAGUAUGAGCAGACUUCUCAGAACAGCAACGCUUCCUACGGUCAAUCUGGAUUUCCCCUGAGUCUGGAUCCCCUGGUUUGGGAGAAUAUCGCGAAAAAGGCCAUCAAAGCUGAACUCUUUGGCACGAAACAUUCCAUCUCACCCUCGUUUACAACCAUGCUGCAACAUAUGGAGGACCGUCAGCAGGGCUGGCACUCGGGUAGUCUCCCGGUCACCUCUGGAAUUGGGUGCCGACUGCCUCACCAGGUAAAGGACAAGGAGCCGCAUUGUGUUUCAUUGGUGAAGCACACAAGGGGCAUGGUCAGCCAGCUUCUGACCGACAUUUGA